UUCUUUUCAUUUACCGCUACUUUUGUUAAUCAGUUGUACUGCCCCGCUAUACUUUUGUUAUCAACGACGUUUAAUAGUACUUACCUGCAACUUUCUAUACUUUAUCGUGCUGAAAUUGUAAACAGUUAUUUAAGGACCAUGUCUGGAUUUAAUCCGUAUGGGAACCCACCCCAGUACCCUCCACCCCAAAGCCAGAUAUACCCCCAGCUAUACAACCCCACAAAUGCUCCAGUGCCCGGGCAACAAGCCCCACAACCAGCUCAACCAUACCCAUAUCAGCCGGGCUUUGCAUAUGCAUACCCUGGACAACCUGGAAUGGUGCCGCCUGGUGCUGGUAUAGCCCCAACUCCUCAGUACGCUGGACAGAUGGCUGCUGCACCGUCAGCACCUGCAGCUUUCUCAUAUGCCGGCUUUCCUAAUGUCACUCCACAACAAGGAUAUGGGCCGGCUGUUGAAUGGAUUCCAUCGUCCACUGGAGACGCAGCCUCCCUUAGCGACCGAGCUGUGGUGGCGGGGUAUGAGGGCGCCGACGGCAGUCCUCUGUGGGUGAUCAGGGCGCAGUUCGAAGGAGAUCUGAUCCCGGGCAAGUUCGCUGCUAAGCACCGUGCGGCGUAUGUGCCUUGGGGGAGCAAUGAAAACUCUGUUGAUCGUUUUGAGGUGUGCUGCGCGCGUCCGGAGAGGAUCCGCUGGGUCCCGAGCCGCGACGGCGCCGCGCCGCCCAACGCCGUGGUUGGCGGCAACACGGCGGCCGGUGAGCCGCUCUACAUCGGCCGCGCCAAGCACGAGGGCUCUCUCACGCCCGGCAAGGUUCAUCCUUCGCACAAAAAUAUGUACAUUUCCUAUGGCGGUAAGGAAAUGCCCCAUAACAUCUACGAGGUAUUGUGUACUAUUUAAUAUGCUUCGAAUAUACCGUCAAACCUCCAGCUUUGCCCAAGACGUUAUUCAAUAUUCAAGCUAAUAUAAUACUACAUAAUCAAAUUCAUUACAUAGGGUGAUAUUUCACCUAUCCAACUUCUUUGUCCAAAGUGUAUUGCGUGCCACAUUUUGCUUUACGGAGAAAGUGAGACGCACUGACAUUGGACAAAAAAAUUGGACAUGUGGAAUACCCGUUUUUCGUUAUGUUAUGUUUAUUUUCUCCUUGAUUUUAUCUAUGGACAAAACAUUCAAGGGCAAAAAUGGACUGUUUCACGGUGCAUCAUAUUUAACCAACCAGACUGUAUUUAGAGAAAAGCAUUUUUUAUUGUUAUAUUUUAUAAGUAUUCGCAUUUUGAAAUAGUAUUAAUAUUGCCAACAAUUACUUAAGGUUACAGGGUAGUUAUAAACGUUUCGGUCUCUUUAAUGAAACUACUUUAAGGUGUAUUUGCUAUAUUGAAUCUCCUUAGAUUCCCUUGAUUGUGUAUUAUUGAUA